GAAUAUACCUACUGAGCGGAAUACGGAAAAUAACGACAGUUGAUGCCGAACCACUUAUCGGCACACAACGCACAUUUGCGCUGUCGGAUAUCGAGUGGUGGAUAGUCAAUGUUGGCGGUCAUAACGUCCUGUUAUUCGAGUUUUGGUUGAGAGGAAAAAUAGGGAUACGGACAGAGGAUAAAGCUGACCAUCAAAUGUUCUGGCGAACCUCAGGUAGAACCGAAGAAUUCCGUAAAGUUGAAAAAGUACAAACAAUUAGCAGAAGUGAGUAAGACGUCAAGUAAUUACUGAGGUUCACCUUCAGUCAGCCUCAUUAUCCCCAAAGCUAUUACCCAUCAAUCGCAAGAUGAGUGAGGGAUGAAAAACCGAGUCCUUGAAACACAUCAAUUAAAAGACAUUUAUAAAACGACGGAGAACGUCUGAAGCGUAAUUUCCUCACUCAAAGACGACUCAUAGAUCCUUGAGCCGCAAUGUAUCAGCGAACGGUUCAGAUUAAUCUCCCAAAAGCGCAUACCAUUGACGUAGAGUUCAAGGAUGUCAUCUGGGAAGUGCGAACCGGUUUCCGUAAACCAAAGAAACCAGUACUGAAAGGUGUCAGUGGUUGCUUCAAAUCUGGGGAACUCACGGCGAUUAUGGGACCGUCGGGAGCUGGAAAGUCUUCCUUGCUCAAUCUUUUGACUGGUUUCCACGAGACCGGCUCCACAGGGACAAUUGAGUACGUAACCAGUACCGGCAAGCAGAACUACAAAGACUACAGGAAGGCGUGCUGCUACAUCCAGCAAGACGACCAGCUCCACGGUCUCUUCACGACGUUAGAAGCCAUGAGGAUGGCGGCCGACCUGAAGCUCGGCAACAGCCUGAGUCAGAAGUCCAAGGACCUGCUGAUUGACGACAUCCUGGAGACCCUGGACCUCAUAAAGACCAAGGAGACCCGCUGCGACAGGCUGUCCGGCGGCCAGAGGAAGCGAUUCUCCAUCGCCCUGGAGCUAAUCGACAAUCCUCCGGUGAUGUUUCUGGACGAGCCGACCACCGGUCUCGACUCAUCCUCGACCCUGCAGUGCAUCGCGAUGCUGCAGCACCUUGCACGAGGCGGCAGAACGAUCGUCUGCACAAUCCACCAGCCGUCGGCGGCCAUCUACGAGAUGUUCGAUCACAUCUACCUCGUGGCCGACGGCCACUGCAUGUUCCAAGGAUCCCCCGCCAACACAGUCCCCUACUUCGGCAGCAUCGGCCUUCAUUGUCCAAAAUACCACAAUCCCGCUGACUACAUGAUCGAAGUUGUCAGCAAGGAGUACGGAAACUUCAGCGAACAACUGAUAGCCGCAGCCUCAGGGACCAAAUCCUGGAGAUCUGGCUACAUAAAGAAAGCUUUCCUCGUCACCAGCUUCUCCCGAAAGAACAUCGAGCAGAAAGCUGUGGUAAUAGUCACUCCCCCCUCCGAGUGCCUCAGGUUCUCAGUCCUCUUCAGAAGGUGUAUAAUACAGCUGUACCGAGACUGGACAGUCACCCAUCUUAAGAUAGUCCUUCAUUUAUUGGUCGGAGUUCUUCUCGGGCUGUUCUACGCUGACGCCGGGGCCAAUGGCUCUAAGACCGUCAACAACUGCGGCUUUCUCAUGGUGACCGUCGUUUAUCUGUGCUACACUAGCAUGAUGCCGGCUGUUCUCAGGUUUCCGUCGGAAUUGCCUGUCGUUAAGAAGGAAAAGUUCAAUAAUUGGUAUCAAUUGAGGACCUACUACAUGGCGCAUCUCAUUGCUAAUCUUCCCGUUCAGAUGCUCUUCGCUUUCGUCUACUCAUCGGUCUCCUACUUCAUGAGCUCACAGCCUCAGGACUGGAGCAGGUUCUUCAUGUUUCUGAUGAGCGCCACGUCGACGACCAUCAUCUCCGAGAGCUUUGGCCUGCUCCUCGGGACCACCCUCAACCCCAUCAAUGGCACCUUCUUAGGGGCCAUCGCCUGUUGCAUGUUGCUGCUCUUCGCUGGAUUCUUUGUAUUCUUCAAGCACAUGCCUGCCUUCAUGUAUUAUGUCACCUAUCUGAGCUACAUGAGGUACGCCUUGGAGGCACUGGUACAAUCGAUCUAUGGGUAUGAUCGAGAGAAAUUGCCGUGUCCUGAGGAGGAACUCUACUGUCAUUAUCGGGCCCCCAGGACCAUUCUUGAGGAGCUUGACAUGAAGGACGUCAACUUUUGGCUGAACAUUGGAAUUCUUGCGGCUAAUUGCGUGGUUCUCAGGGUGGUUGGGUACUGCACCCUCAGGAGGAAGAUAGCCGCUUCGUGAAGGAAGAUCUGAGUCUCUUCUUCGGACCCAGGAUCAUUGAAAGCCCCCACAUCACAUUAGUGAAGCAUUCCAUAUGCGGAAGUCACAUUACCGAGAUAAGCCAAUGAGGAGAACGAAAACUUCUGGUUGUGGUUCUGAUUCUAUUCAUUGUUCUAAUUGCGAUGAUGGAAGUGUAAACAGGUUCAGCAGUUUUUGUGCUGGUGUAAUGGGACCUGGAGACUUCCAGAUCCAAGGGAGCUGUGGUUGACUAGUUGUUUUCUUGAUUAUGAGUGGUUCCCGGUGUCGAACGCUUAUUCAGAGAUUCUAGUGAUGUUUUUUAUAGUCAGAAAUUGUUUCAAGGAGAAUUUAAUGAUAGUUUAGGAUGUAAUUGCAUUGUUGUACAUAGUUUCGUGCUUAUUGAAUUAAAUUGAAUGAUUUUUGA